AUGACAAUUGAAAGCCAUGUACGCCGGAGUUGCGUGCCAGGCGAAAAGGAAAUUAUUAUCAUGAUGGAGACCGCGUCGCGAAAUGAAAUCGUUAAGAGGCGAGUAAAUCAGGCAAAUGUGCUCGUUGGAGCCUCAUAAGCAUGGUUUCAUUAGCGAGGCGUCAAAACGCCGCGAACUGGGUUAAAGAACUCAAUUCUGACAGCUGCAGCGGGUGGCCAAAAUGGGAAUCAAAACACCAUUUCAUAUUCAAAUCAACUGCAGCUGAGAACUUUUGAUUUCAACGGAGCCGGAGGAGGAUGGGGAUGGGGAGGGGCAGGCCAUAAACUACGCGAUUGCAUGUGGCAGCACUUCUCUAAGUGCUGAGCCAAAAAAACGGAAUGCCCACAUUUAGCCCGCUUUUGUUGCUAUUCCCCCAGUGACACCUCAAGUCAGUCGCCGUGGGAAAAUGUUGGAAAGGCAGAAGCGCAGUGGAGUUGCGACGGAGGGCGGUGACGGAAAGGUGGAAAAGUCGGAAAGUUGGCGUGCGAAAAGUGGCUAACUUCUUGGUGGCGCACCGUUCAGUUGGGAUUUACGAUUUGAGCGGUCAAGUUGUGGAGCGGCGAGCUGCGCUUGAAUGGCGCCAUUUGCGGUUCGCUGGGUUCGGAGGGACUGCUGGCUUAGUGGACGGCCACUGGCCAAGGGUGUGUGCCCGACAUGAGUGCCUCAAGUUCUACCCGCAAAGUGCAGACUCAUUUAAUGUUUAAUUAAAGUGCAGCCCCAGAAAAGCAAACCAACAAUGGCGAUUGCCUACGACUGGAAAAGCAACGAUGUCUUUGAUGCCGACUUUGGCUGGAAUCGGUCCUUCUCCGAGCCCGAUCUCACAGCCAACCAGAAGCAGGGCGAGCUCAGCCGGUUCGCCAUCAAGCAUCCGCACGAGUACAUAGCCGUCGAUGACCUCAAGUACUUCCGCCGCCGCCAGCCCGUCCACCUGCACACCAGGAGCAACGUGUGCCUCUAUAGCGGCGAUGAGCCAGUGCCCAGCUUCGGCUCCCUGAAGUCCGAGUACCGCAAGCACUUCCGGGGCCACGGCACCCAAUCCCGACCCAGAUCCUUGCUGCGACGCGCCACCUCGCUGCGCUUGGAGGGAUUCAUGCAGCUGCUGUCGGAGCACCAGGAGAAAUACCACUGGUACACGCCCGAGGACCUGCGAUUCUCCCGCACCUUUCCGGUCCGCAAUCCGGAGAACCUGCAGCUGGGAGAGGGAGGCGGCGGCGGCGCCACCGAUGGCAUGAAGAACUCCUCGUACCUCAUGCUGGACCCCAGCACCAAGAUACUGCCACGGGAGGUGUUCCUCGACGAGGCCGAGUUGGCGGCCAGGAAUCAGCAUCAGCCCGGCAGCAAGCUGGCCACGGACAAGUUCCGGCGGGAUGUGGCCGCCCAGGAGCAGCAGCGGUGCCACCUGCAGAUGCGGGCCCAGGCGGUGGACAGGGAGCAGCAGGGCCAGGUACCGGAGCCCUCCGAGUACCGGCGCCAGUUCGUCCAGCAGUUCCCCGAGAAGGCGCACUCCAUUCCGCAGAUGAGCAGCAUCAAGAUCCAGGGCGAGUUCGUGGCCGUGCCAGAGUACCGGGACAGCUUCCGGAUGUACGCCAACUACUCGAAGAGUGCGCCCAUCAAGAAGGACGACAACCUGCGCGUCUCCGGCUCCGAGGCAGCCGGGGCACCCGGAUCCGAGGUGCCGGAGUACCGCGACAAAUUCAUCGACCCACCCAAGCACGUGGUCAAAGAGAAGUCCCUCAAGACGGACGACCACCUGCGUCCGCGCGGGGAGUUCACCAAAGAGAUUCCCGAAUACCACGAGAGCUUCCGAGAUCCCCACAUCACCGAGAUGCCCGAGCGGGGCAAGCCCAGGGAGCCCUUCCUCCGCCUGCGCGGCAAGAUCGAGUUCAACCCGGAGUACAGGAACAACUACCAGGACUUCCCGCGCUCCCGUCCCGUCGUCCAGAAGCCCACCUCCUGCUUCCGGCUGCCCACCUCGGGCGUCGGCCACGCCCCCUCCGUCCACCACCAGCCGGAGCGGGAUGAGGAUCUGGAGACGCCCGUCCUGGUGACAGUUCCUCCAUCGGAGGUCACGGCCACGCCGGAGUACCGAAGGGCCCAGUACAACUACCAGUUGCGGGAGCGUCCCAGGGACUCGGAGGGAGCCCCACCCGGUGCACCUGCCAAUCUCCGCAAGAGUUCCGAUUCCUCCUUGGAGGCGAGGCAGCCGCCAGUGCAGGCUCCCCACAAGCGGAGGACCUCCAGGCAACGGCAAGCCAAGGAGCCGGAGCAGCCGGUGGCCACCAGGUUCGAGGAGGUGGGCGGCAACGCGGCCAAGAAGCCGGCCAGAUACGGAAGGAGAGCCUCUGUGCUCCAGAACGCAGCCAGCUGCCGGGAGAACUCGUCGAUCAUCGAGGGGAAUCCCAAGUACGCUGUGGGAUGUCGACGGGCCAAGCAGCCGGCAGGAGGUCAGGCGCAACCCGGAUCCUUCGUGGUGCUCGACGAGCCCUGCAAGCCUUCCAACUGGAUGAAGAAGACCUGGUACGACUCCUAGGUCGGCGCAUCUACACCUAAUCACUAGUAUUCUGUUUUAAAUCUGUCUAUUGUAAAAGAA